AAGGAAAAAGGAAAAGGCUGAGUAGAAAAUGGGUGAAAUCGAGGCAACACAGCUCAACCCAAGAAGAAAGUGGGUAGAGAGAGUGAAAGGAUUAAGAGCCCAUAAUAAUAUUCAUUCAAGUUCGAUUCGACCAAGAAGUAAAAACUUUCUCCGCCAAAAAGAAAAAGAACGAAACAAGAAGAAGAAGAAGAAGAAAAGCAAGAGGGAUGUCUUCUUCAAAUGAUCGUCGUCAAAGGGAGAUAAUGGACCUGAUGAUGAAAGAUUUCAAGGUGGAGUUGGUUAAUGAUAGCGUGAAAGAGUUCUUUGUUGAGCUUCAUGGUCCUGAAGACAGUCUCUAUCAAGGGGGUGUAUGGAGAGUGAGAGUGGAACUUCCUGAUGAUUACCCUGUUAAAUCUCCAUCCAUUGGCUUUGCUACUAAGAUUUUUCAUCCUAAUGUCGAUGGAUUGUCUGGUUCUGUAUGUUUGAAUCUUCUUAACCAGGACUGGAGCUCCGUAUUCGAUCUUGUAAUGGUUUUUAAGGACUUCCUUCCACGAUUUCUGAAAGAGCCCAAUCCUGACGAUCCAAUGAACCCGGAAGCAGCAGAGCUGAUGAUCCACGAUCGCCCUGCUUACGAGCAAAGAGUUAAAGGUUGCACGCAGCUUAGCCCUAUUGCACACCUGAAGAUCAAACCUCACAACUGUUUUUUAAUUCCUAAAAAACAUAAUAUUGUGAGACAUACGCAAAGCCACAAGGUACCGGUUCUCCUGAGGAGGAUACUUCAAGCAAUGAAGAGAUGAGCGAGGUUGAGCAUAACGAUGAUGAGGACACUGAGCCAGGGAAUCCAAAUCCUUGAGAAGCUGAUAAACUAAGUAUAGCUCGUCUCCUCACUAACUGAAAUAUGCUCAACUAGUUGGCUGCAAAUUGAAGUAAACUCUCUGCAUCAGCACUUGUUUACUCUGUGUACAUGCGUACUCGGUCCUCAGAGUGAUUUCUACAAUUCUUUUGUCAUUGAUUGACUACAACUGUGACUGGCAUAUUUGCCAUUUGUAUGCGUAGCAGAUUUGAUGACUUGUCUGGGUCUUAAUACAGUAUAUGUACAUGUCAAAAGAGGUAGAAAAGAAAAGAAAAUUUGUGGUUACCAGGCAUGUUUAACUCCUCAGCAGAUGCUCCUUUUUGUGCUGAGGAAGUUGUUUCAUACUAUUAGCUAAAUAGCAAUUGUUCCCUUUCAAUA